AUGACAAUUAAUACCAGAAAUUGGGACAUAGUACAUAGUGCAACGUUGGAAGAGAUAUUGUUUCUGUCAGCCUUAAUUGCUGCACAAUCCAGAAGUUUUUUUGAAAAUCUCUUCAAUGUCAAAGAACUCUCUGGUCAAGUGGGUGCUAGAGAAAUGACUGGAAGAGUAAUGGGAAAAUUUAUAUGGAGUAAUACUUUCACUUAUUUAAUGGAGAUGGAUGAAGAUGGGCAUGUGAAGGCAGCCAAUGGUAAAUGGGUUGUUUUAAUAAAAUUGACUUGGACCAUAGUUUGA